CUUUUAAGUUUUAACUUUUAACUUGGUAGAAUGCAAAGAAAAGAAAAGAAUUGUUAUUUGGUUCCUUCUUAGCAAAGGAAAGUAAAGCCUUUUUCAGUGACAAAUCAAUUCGGACGCUUCAGCUUAAGUAGCAGCAGCAGCAAGCAGACUCCAAAAUGCGAUCGUCUCCUUCCUUCAUUGCCUUUUCUCUGUUAUUCAUCGCACUCCUACCCUCUAUUCAGGCACACGCACCGAUUAACGCUCACUUCAGAUCUCUUUCGCCGUUUUCCUCCGCUCUCGAAACCCUCCAGAAACAGCUAGGUUACACUUUCAAGAAAAUUGGGCUUCUUCGCCGUGCCAUGACCCAUGCUUCGUUCUCUGAGGAGAACAACAAAGCCUUGGCAGUUUUGGGCGGCAGUGUCAUCGAAACCGCCGUGUCCUUCAAGCUUCUGUCCAAGGACAUUGAUGUUUCGGCUUCUGAGCUGAACAAAAUGGUAUCACGAGUCUCAAAUGUGGAAUCUUCUUGUGCCGUCGAUGGAACGCGGCUGAGCUUGCACAAGGUGGUCAGAGUUGCUCCCAACACCAACGCUUCUGCGCCUUCUGUGGUUUGCGGCGCGUUUCGAGCUAUCUUUGGUGCCAUUGCUAUUGAUACCGGAAAUUCAGAUGACGCAGGCAGUGUUUUCUGGAACCUUCAUGGUGAUCUUCUUGGCCAUGCACUAUCAAUGUGAGUUCAAGUUUAUGUACAGUUGUUUGUUUCAUGCUUGAUGCUCGAAGUACUUCUUAAGUUGUUAGUGAGUGAUCUGUGCUUUCCGUGUUGUAGUUUUUAAUCGACCUGAUUACUUUUGCUUUGCAUAUUCGUGCUGUUUCUUUUCUUUAAUUCUGUCAAGUUAUGAAGUCAUUUAGCAA